CCCAGCUUAACCGAGUUCAUGUCCGAUUUGUGCUCCGAGAUCAAGCCCAUUGACAGGCGAUUGCUGAAGGUACUGAUAGAUAGCAAAGUAGGUGAGAGAAAAAUGUACAAAUGCGAGGAGCAACGUAUUGUCCCAAUGGCACCACCCUUUCGUGGAUUUUCCGCCUUCGUACGAUUUCAGUGCCGUGCCAAAUUACAUCACGUUGAAAGAGUCAACGUCACAGGUAUGGUCGGUUGA